GAAGGCUGCCCAGCCUCAGCAGCUUCCCUCCCAGGCUCCUUCCUGGGAGGAAGGGGCUGCCUGCGCCGCAGCAACAGGGCAGGGAGGGAAGGAGGCUGGGCAGGUGUUGCAAUCCACAGCCCCUGGGUCUGUCAGAGGCAGGAGCCACUAACGACAGGCUGGGGAGAGAAGUCAGAGGCGCUGUUUUCAGGAACUUGCCUGCAGAAGAGAGCGGAGACCCGGAGGCCAGGCGGCGGCGGCUGGCUGCGGGGCUGCAGGCUCCAGGUGUUUUUCUCAGGGUCGUCUUGUUUCAUCCUCACCACAACCCUGAGAAGAGGAUGCUGUUCUUAUCCCUCCUUCACAGAUGGGGAGACUGACGCUCAGAAAGUAACUUGUCCAAGGUCACCAGGCUGGUAAGUGGCAGAGCUGUGGUUCAGACCAGCUGGUCUGACUCACAGCUGGGCUCCCAAGCUCUCUGCACACUGACCCCAAGAGAGAAGCCCAUGUUCCCACAGGCCCCAGUUCUCACUCACGGGGGCUGGGAGGCACCCGGGCUGCCGUGAGGGACCAGGGACCGAUGCCAGGGUCCCAGGACCCAGCAGCCCAGCGGGGAGGAUGACUGGCCUCUUGGGGUUUGGGGGUUGGUUGCCCACUCUGAGCAUGAGCCAGUGGUGAAGUGGUCCCUCACUGGACACAGGCUGGGCCUGAAGCUGCCCCUGCUAGGGCAGCAGGGCUGGGUAGCACAUGGAGAUGGACACCAGUGUCCCAAAACCUGGGCCAAAGAGGAUAAAUCUUCCCCCAACAAGUGUGUAGGGGGGAAGGGGGGAAUCAAACCAAUGUGUUCUAGGAAGAAGGUUGCCAACCACUGAGUGGGGCGCUCUGAACAGCUGUACACAACGCUACAGGGCUGAGGGGCAGGCAGAGGCUGAAAUCCAGCUUGUUCUCCAGUUACCAGGUGAACUGCAAGUUGGCGCGAUGGUGGUGGGGCUGGGAACCUGGAGCCUGGCCAGAGCUGCCCUGAUCAUCCUACUGCUCCCCAGAAGCCUGGAGGAGUGCGGGCGCAUCAGUGUCUCAGCCCCCAUCGUCCACCUGGGAGAUGCCAUCACGGCCUCCUGCGUCAUCAACAGGACCUGCAGCCACCUGGAUCCAGAGUCACAAAUUGUGUGGAAACUGGGGACAGAGCUUCAUCCCGGGGGGAGGCAGCAGCGCUUGCCAGAUGGGACCCAGGAAUCCACCAUCACCUUGCCCCACCUCAACGACUCUCGGGCCCUUCUCUCCUGCUGUCUGCGCUGGGGCAACAGCCUGCAGAUCCUGGACCAGGCUGAGCUGCAGGCAGGCUACCCUCCCGCCACACCCCACAACCUGUCCUGCCUCAUGAACCUUACCAUCGAGAGCCUCAUCUGCCAGUGGGAGCCAGGACCUGAAACCCACCUGUCUACCAACUUCACCCUAAAAAGCUUCAAGAGCCGGGGCAACUGCCAGGACCAGGAGGAGGCCAUCCCCGACUGCGUGCCCGAGGACGGGCAGAGCCGCUGCGCCAUCCCACGCAAACACCUGCGGCUCUACCAGAGUAUGGGCCUCUGGGUGCAGGCGGAGAACGUGCUGGGGACCAGCGUGUCCCCACCGCUAUGCCUGGAUCCCAUGGACGUUGUAAAACUGGAGCCCCCCACCCUGUGGGCCCUGGACCCCAGCCCUGAGGUGGCCCCACCCCAGCCAGGCUGCCUACAGUUGCACUGGGAGUCAUGGAAGCCAACCCUGUACAUAGACCAGAAGUGUGAGCUGCGCCACCAGCCACAGCCUGGAGGAGCCAGCUGGACCCUGGUGGGCCCCCUGCCCUCCAAGACCCUUCAGCAUGAGCUCUGCGGGCUCCGCCCAUCCACAGCCUACACCCUGCAGAUGCGCUGCACCCGCUGGCCCCUGCCUGGCCACUGGAGUGACUGGAGCCCCAGCCUGGAGCUGACCAGCGCGCAACAGGCCCCCAAUGUCAGACUGGACACGUGGUGGCGGCAGAGGCAGCUGGACCGCAGGACAGUGGACAUGCAGCUCUUCUGGAAGCCAAUGCCCGUGGAGGAAGACAGCGGGCAGAUCCAAGGGUACCUGGUCUCCUGGAGACCCUCGGGCCAGGCUGGAGCAGUCCCACCCCUCUGCAACACCACCGAGCUAAACUGCACCUUCCACCUGCCUCCGGAAGUCCGGGAGGUGGUCCUUGUGGCCUACAACACCGCCGGGACCUCCCGCCCCACCCCUGUGGUCUUCUUGGAGAGCACAGGCCCACCGCUGGGCAGACUCCAUACCAUGGCCCGAGACCCUCACAACCUCUGGGUGGGCUGGGAACCCCCCAGCCCUCGGCCUCGGGGCUAUGUGAUCGAAUGGGGCCCGGGGCCCCCCAGCCCCAGCGGCAGCCAUAUGACUUGGAAAAUGGAGCAUAAUGGAAACAUUGCAGGGACCCUGCUACAAGAGAACAUCAGGCCCUUCCAGCUCUACGAGAUCACUGUGACCGCCCUGUACCAAGACACCGUGGGACCCUCCCAGCGCAUCUAUGCCUACUCCCAAGAGACGGCCCCCUCCUACACUCCGGAGCUGCAUCUAAAGCACAUUGGCAAGACCUGGGCCCAGCUGGAGUGGGUGCCCCCAACCCCUGAGCUGGGGAGGAGCCCUCUUACCCACUACACCAUCUUCUGGACCAAUGCUCAGGGCCAGUCCUUCUCCACCAUCCUUAAUGCUUCCUCCCAUGAGUUUGUCCUCCCCGGCCUGGAGCCUGCCAGCUUGUACCACGUCCACCUCAUGGCUGCCAGCCAGGUGGGGGCUACCAACAGUACAAGCCUCACCUUGAUGACCUUAGCCCCAGGGGAGUUCGAGCUGCACAUCUUCCUGGGCCUGUUCGGCCUCCUGCUCUCACUCAUCUGCCUCUGUGGGGCUACCCGGUUCUGCUGCAGACCCAGCAGGAAGAAUUCCCUCUGGCCAAGUGUCCCAGACCCAGCCCACAGCAGCCUGGGCUCCUGGGUGCCUAGCAUCCCUGCGGAGGAGAUCUUCCAGCUGCCCAGCCUCUGGGACACCAGCAUGCCACCCAUCACCAAGAUCACGGUGCUGGAGGAGGAAGAGAAGAAGCCUGGGCCCUGGGAGUCCCAUGAGAGCUCAGGAACCUGUGGCCUUCCCGCCCUGGUCCAGGCCUAUGUGCUCCAGGGGGACCCAAGAGCAUCUACUAUCCAGCCCCAGGCCCAGUCAGGCAACAGUGACCAGGUCCUUUACGGACAAGUGAUGGGCAGCCCCGCCCGCUCAGGACCAGCGGACUACAUCCGCUGCGACUCCACUCAGCCCCUCUUGGGGGGCCUCACCCCGAGCCCCAAGUCCUAUGAGAACCUCUGGUUCCAGACCAGCCCACAAAGGACCCCAGAGCCUCUAGGCCCCAACCAGGAGGAUGACUGCGUCUUUGGGCCACUGCUUGACUUCCCCCUCCUGCAGGGGCUCCAGGUCCAUGGGGUAGAAGGGCUGGGGGGCUUCUAGAGCUUCCUGGAUGCCCCCGCUGGAUCUGCCUCUUGAAAGGCGGGCGCCAUCAGAGAGGAGGCGAGGGUCAGAAAGCCCGUCACUAAAAAACCACCCUGCCCCAGGAAAGGCAGGAAGGCUCCCGGUUUCCCACUGUCUGAGGCCCCCAGCACCCCUCCCCAUGUGCCCAGUACCCAUGGGCUGGGCCUCCCACUGCAAAGGUCAGGAACGGCUUCCCCCAGCCUGUCCACUACAGUGCCUUCUGUGCUUAUUUCCUGUCAUUUCCGUCUCUUAAACUGGUCUAUGGUUCCGUUUGACUUGGUUUUAUUUUAAGAAACUCUUCUGUAUGCCUGA